CGAGGCCGAACUGAUAGUGGACCUACCCUGCAACAACCAACCUUUCAUGCCUAUGCAAUUACUGCAUCUUAUAAUGGACGAAUCACUCAAAUGAACACCAAGAUCAUCGUUUCUCCAAAAGCAUCGGUGCUCCUUCUGCCUCCUGUUCAAUGGAGAAGAAGAGCCUCUUUGCUGAUGGAGUGUUCUGCAAUCACCCAUUCCAAGUCUUACUCAGUAUUUUAUUGGCUCUGGUUUUCACAGAUCCCCUCCAUAUUGGACCAUUAGGAGGCCACAACUUUAAGCCAGUUCAACACACCAUAGCACCAUAUGCAGAAGUCAUGGCCUCAUGGCCCAGAGAUAACCUUAGCAGGCUUAGGCUCGGAAAGCGCCAGUUCGUCAACGAGGUUUAUGGCCCGGAAUCCCUGGAAUUUGACCUCCAGGGUCGAGGGCCUUACACAGGGUUGGCUGAUGGCCGAGUUGUCAGGUGGAUGGGAGAUUCUGCUGGGUGGGAGACCUUCGCUCUGGUCUCCCCUAACUGGUCUGAAAGCGUGUGUGCAAAUGGAAUCUACUCUACAACACACAAGCAAUUCAAGCACGAAGAACAAUGUGGCCGACCACUUGGUCUGAGGUUUGACAGACAAACUGGGGAUCUCUACAUUGCAGAUGCAUACCAUGGCCUGUUGGUCGUGGGUCCAAAUGGUGGAAUAGCAACCCCUCUUGCUCCACAGGUUGGUGGAAGGAGGAUCCUAUUUGCAAAUGACCUUGACAUUCACAAGAAUGGAUCCAUCUUCUUCACAGACACUAGCAUGAGAUAUAACAGACAGAACCACUUCUUUAUACUGUUGGAAGGAGAAGCAACAGGAAGGCUACUCAAAUAUGACCCAUACACCAGAACAACUUCUAUUGUUUUGGAUGGCUUGGCAUUCCCAAAUGGAGUACAAAUAUCUAAGGACCAUACAUACCUUCUCUUCACAGAGACAACAAAUAGCAGGAUAAUGAAGUACUGGCUGGAAGGGCCACAGAGAGGCAACCUGGAGGUUUUUGCAGACUUGGCAGGGUUCCCUGACAAUAUAAGAUCAAACAACAAAGGCCAAUUCUGGGUGGCAAUUGAUUGCUGCAGAACACCGAUUCAAGAGCAUCUCUCCCGUCACCCGUGGAUCAAAAGCAUCUACUUCAGAUUGCCAUUCAAGCUGAGCAUCCUAGCCAGGCUAAUGGGAAUGAGGAUGUACACAGUUAUCACACUCUUCAAUGAAAACGGAGAGAUUGCAGAAGUUAUGGAGGACCAAAGAGGUGAAGUAGUCAAGCUGGUCAGUGAAGUUCAAGAGUUUGAUGGCAAGCUAUGGAUAGGCACUGUUGCCCAUAACCACAUUGUGACUCUCCCAUUUCCCCCACGUUCAAAUGAGUAAACAUUUGGUUCUUAUUGUAUGGUCUGUUCAUCAGUAUGAAAACAGUUCUGAAGGAAAUAAUUGGCCGCUAUUGUAUGAGCUAGUUGCCAAUAGGAGUGGCUCCUAAGCAACAUAGUGUCUUAGGCUUCCCUGACAUAGUAGU